CUUCUGUUGUUGAGGUGAAUUCACAGUAAAAGAAUGGCUUCCCAAGAACCACAGCUUCACUUCGUACUAUUCCCAUUCAUGGCACAAGGCCACUUGAUCCCUAUGAUGGACUUUGCAAAAGUGUUGGUGCAACACAACGUUAUUGUGACAGUAGUCACAACAGCACAUAACGCAGCUCGUUUUGAAUCAAUCGUUCACCGCUAUACUGAAGCGGGGUUUCAGAUCAGAGUAGCUAAAGUUCAUUUUCCAAGUAAAGAGUUUGGAUUACCAGAAGAGUGUGAGAAUCUUGAUAUGCUGCCUACACUCGGAAUGGGGUUUCGCUUUUUCAGUGCAGCAAACAUUUCAUGGCAACCGGUGGAAAAAUUAUUUGAAGAGCUAACACCAGCACCAAGUUGCAUAAUUUCUGAUAUGGGUUUGCCAUAUACAACACACAUAGCCAAAAGAUUCAAUAUUUCGAGGAUUGGUUUUGCCGCUGUAAGUUACUUCUUUCUCCUAUGUUUGCACACUUUACAAACUAACAAUAUGAUGGAGAAUAAAGCUGCUGAAUCGGAGUAUUUUGUUUUGCCUGGUUUCUCUGACAAAAUUGAAAUAACCAAAGCUCAAACAGAACACUUAACGGAUGAAAGAUGGAAAGAAAUUUUUGAUGAAUAUGGUGCAGCUAGUGUUGCUACGUAUGGGACAAUCGUGAAUUCUUUUGAAGAGUUGGAGUCAGCAUAUGCAAGGGAAUACAAGAAGAUCAGUAAUGAUAAAGUAUGGUGUAUUGGACCACUGUCACUUAGUAACAAGGAUCACUUGGACAAGGCUGAAAGAGGUAACAGGGCUUCAAUUGACGAGUGCCACCUCAAGUGUUGGCUUGAUUGUCAGCAACCAGGGACUGUGAUUUAUGCAUCCCUUGGAAGCCUAUGCAAUUUAACAUCGCCACAAUUGAUAGAGCUUGGCUUAGCCUUGGAAGCAUCAAAAAGACCCUUCAUUUGGGUUAUCAGAGGAGGAAGUUUGUCAGAAGCAAUGAAAAAGUGGAUUAAGGAAGAAGGGUUUGAGGAAAGGACCAAUGGUAGAAGCCUUCUAAUUCGGGGUUGGGCUCCUCAAUUGCUAAUACUGUCACACCCUGCAAUUGGAGGGUUCAUAACACACUGUGGUUGGAACUCUACCUUAGAAGCAAUAUGUGCUGGGGUGCCAAUGGUUUCAUGGCCACUGUUUGGGGAUCAAUUUUUUAAUGAAAAUUUGGUUGUGCAGAUACUGAAAGUUGGAGUGAAGGUUGGUGCGAAGAGUACUAUUAACUGGGGAAAGGAAGAGGAAAUUGGUGUGGUAGUGAAGAAGAAAGAUAUUGAAAGGGCAAUAGAAAGUGUAAUGGAUGAGAGUAGUGAAAGUGAAGAAAGAAGAAAAAGGGUAAGAGUACUUGCAGAGGUGGCUAAAAGAGCUGUAGAGAAAGGAGGAUCCUCUCAUUCUGAUCUGACCUUGCUUAUCCAGGAUAUCAGACAAAAAGUCAAGAGAGACAUGUGACAAUGUUAUUUGUCAUGCACCAAUCUGAAAUAGAAGGCAAUGCGUUAUGCUUUUUUCAUUUAAUGGUGUGUAAUGAACUCUUUCAAGUUUAUUCAUAAGCUCUGCAAACUUUUGCAGGCAAUUACUUUGCUUCUGCAGUA